AUGGAUGACACUCAGAGCUUCGAUGUCUCGUCAGUCAGAGAUGCUCUGGCAGAUGUCACCAAUGCCCAGACAAACAGGAAUGCCGAAGCAUCUGCUCUUGCUCGCGAGAAAGGCUGGGCGGCUCCUGAAGGCUAUGAUUAUGAUAAGUAUGUCGGUGUUCCUCCUCUGGAGAAACCUGCCGAGGACAGCCAGAGCCUGCAGGAAGAAGCCGUUCCUGAAUGGGCUGCCAAUGCUGCCAAGUACGAAUGGAAAGAGGAAUACGGUGACGUUGGUCCCGAAAAUCCUCGGCUAGAAGAACAACUCUUCCGUGGAGAGUUCAUUAACCGGACCGGUCUGAAGAUCGGCAACCUCAGAAAUAUCGAGGUGGUUGCCGAGUCUCGUGAGCGGCCUGCGCCCAUUAGAUCGUUCGACGAUGCCGGUCUUCAUCCUGUCAUGCGUCAAAACAUUCGUCUUUGCGGCUACGAGCAGCCCACACCUAUUCAGGCAUACGCAAUACCCGCUGUCUUGACGUCUCACGAUCUGAUCGCGAUUGCUCAAACCGGCUCUGGUAAAACGGCUGCCUUUCUGAUCCCAGUCCUUUCCCAGCUCAUGGGAAAGGCGAAAAAGCUUGCGGCACCUCGUCCAAACUUAGGUGAGGGCUUUAACCCCAAGAGUGAUGCUGUUAUUGCAGAGCCUCUUGUUUUGAUUGUUGCUCCCACUCGCGAAUUGGCGAUUCAGAUCUUUGACGAAGCUCGUCGUCUUUGCUAUCGUUCGAUGCUGCGUCCAUGCGUCGUCUACGGUGGUGCUCCCUUUAUCGGCCAGCACAGGGAGCUUCAGAUGGGCUGCGACAUUCUCAUCGCUACACCCGGUCGACUGCUCGACUUCAUGGAGAAGCCUCAUACCCUCUCCCUGCGUCGUGUCAAGUACACCAUCAUCGAUGAAGCUGAUGAGCUCUUGUUGUCAGACUGGGAGGAGGAUUUUAAGAAGAUCAUGUCCGGCGGAGACGUAAAUGAAGAUGCAGAUCAUAGAUACAUGAUGUUCUCGGCGACAUUCAACAGAGGCUGUCGUGAGUUGGCGCGUAAUUUCCUCGCCGACGACCAUGUCCGCGUCCGCAUCGGCCGCCCGGGCAGCACCCACAUCAACGUUUAUUGGGCUGAUCCUUCUCAAAAACGAAAGGCUCUCUACGACUUGCUUCUUGCCAUGCCGCCUUCGCGGACGCUUGUCUUCGUUAACUCGAAGGCAACGGCUGAUCAGCUCGAUGACUACUUAUUCAAUCUCGGACUGCCCAGCACUUCGUUCCACUCUGACCGUACUCAGCGUGAGCGUGAGGAUGCCUUGCGUGCAUUUCGCUCGGCGAAAUGCCCAAUAAUGGUUGCCACCGGCGUCUCAGCACGUGGUCUCGACAUAAAAAAUGUAAUGCAUGUCAUCAACUUCGAUCUCCCCAGUGCUAUGCACGGAGGUAUAACUGAAUACAUUCACCGGAUCGGACGUACUGCUCGCAUUGGUAACGAGGGCCUUGCGACCUCAUUCUUCAAUGAUCGGGACGUGGAUCUAGCACCUGACUUGGUGAAGAUUUUGGUUGAGGCGAAUCAGGACGUCCCUGACUUCCUCAUGGACCAUAAGCCUCCCGCGGGCGAAAAGCUCAAUUUUCACGAUGAUACAGAUGAUGAGGAUGCUAACGAAGCUAACGGUACGAACGGCAACGGCGACGGAAACGGAGCCUGGGGAGGCUUUCAGCCCGCCUCUGCGGAGGAAGCGCCUGUGUCUUCUGGCUGGGACUUUCAAGAAUCAACGACGGAUGCUACCAUGAGGCCCACGGUACCUCUCAAUCAGGCAAUCCUAGCCUUGACGCCCCUCCUUUUCACCACGGCAGUCCAACUCCUUCCUCCUCCACCGAUUCCUGUCAAUUUUACGGCCGCGUUUAUACACAACCCUGCGUCUCCUACUCAGCAUACUAAGAACAGAUCAUCCGGCCUGGUUAUCGACUCCUUUACUGAGUCAGAACGCAACGAGCUUGGCUUCUGGCACGGUCCCAGCACCAACCUCGCAAGCGAGCCCGGUAAUGGCUAUGUGCGUCUCUUUCCUUCAGACCCAGAUCAAAACUACCACACAGAGCUCGGGCCUGCAACCUGCUUCGACAUGCGACCUUACGAGCAUAUGUACCUCCAUGUAGUGUUUUCGGGGUCGACAAAGUUCAGUAUCUCACUGAAUCAACAUAACGAGAAGUGCGAUUCUCGCCGCAGCCCCUUCCUCGAAACGUGGGACAGUGUCGAAACAGAGCGGUACGCGCGGGGAAACGACAUUUAUGUGCCUUUGGAUCAUUUUGACAUCGAUCAGUCUCGGACGGUGUCGGUCUCUUUUCACGGGUUCUACUCUCCGGAGACUUUGACAUUAUACAAAGUGGAAAUCGUCUCAGACCUCCCGUGGGGAUUUUAUGUGCCCCCGAAGCUAGAGACCGGAAAACUGUAUCUUCAUUGCACAAGACCGAACUCCUUUGCCUUUGGCAUCGACGACGGAUUGCCGCACUUGGUGCAAGACGUCAUGGAUAUCUUGGAAGAGGAGGACAUCCUGGUCACCUUUUUCGUUGUGGGCGCUGGGCUUCGAGACAAGGAGGCCAACUUUUCGCAAGUGUACCAAGAAAUGCUGCGGAGAGGACAUCAGAUAGCCUUACAUUCGGAUACGCAUCAGCAGAUAGAAGGUCUCGACACCAUAAAGGCUAUCGAUGAGGAGAUUGUUCACAACAUUGAGACGUUUCAGAGACUACUUGGGAUUGAAUCUCGUUAUUUCCGUCCACCAUACGGCACUGUCGGCGCUAGAACCCGGCAGCGGCUGGCAGCAUACGUCAAAGACCCCAACGUCAUAAAUUGGAGCGUCGAUGUCGAGGAUUGGCUGUGGGCAGAGAGCAAAACACCGGAGCGCCAACGUGAUGCAUUUUUCCGCGACGUAGGUCGAGGAGGCAACUUGGUGGUUAUGCAUUAUCUCAGUCCGACAACGGUCAAGUACUUUGGGGAAUUCAUCCGAUUCGUCAAGAGUAUCAAUCUCGACAUCAUGCGAGUGGAUCAAUGCCUCGAGGAUCCCGACAGUCCUCCAUUCGACACAUUUCGAUUCAGCCAGCAGGGGCGCGGGCGAUACAGGAUUCAGUCGAAUAGAAGGCCUGAUACCAACCCGCGCAAGACGGGGUGA